AUGUCAAAAGAAUACUACUUUGUGAUAGUCGGCCACAACGAUCAACCACUGUAUGAGAUCGAUUUCCCGGUUGGCGGCGAGAAGAAGAAACGUGAUGACACCCGGCACCUCAACCAGUUCAUCGCCCAUGCCGCGCUUGAUGUCGUCGAUGAGCAUACACUGUCUAGCACGAAUAUGUAUAUGAAGACAAUUGACAAGUUCAACGAAUGGUUCGUCUCCGCAUUCGUCACAGCCAGCAGAAUACGCUUUAUGAUGUUGCACACGGUCAAAAAUGAUGAUGGCAUCAAGCAAUUUUUUCAGGAAAUGUACGAGACGUUUGUGAAGCUGUCGAUGAAUCCGUUCCACGAGCUCAACGCCCCAAUUCGCUCCUCCAACUUUGAGCAAAAGGCCGUCUACUAUGGGCGCAAAUUCCUCUCC